CCCAGCCUUUCCGCUCCUAUUUUAGAAUCUUUUCUUUUCCUUUUACAUCCAAGAACCCGCUCUUUUUCCCUUUGGACUUGUCUGCUCUUCCCGGUGCUCACUCUUAUAACUAGUUUCUUUUCUCCUUUGUCGAGCGUGUCCCGUGAGCUUUCCAGCCGUAGACCGGCCUAUUAUUCAAUUCGUCUCAUUCAUUUAUUUUCCAGAGGAAAUUUUUUAUUUACCUUUUAUUUAAGCUUAGUACUUGCACAGUCUUGGCAGCUUAGGUCGCCGGCGACAUUCAUUUUAUUUUUCCAUCAUCCUCUCUUUACACGACUUAUAUCUCAACAUCAAAACAUUAAAAAAAAAGGUUCAAGAUGAGGCCAACUGAGGGACUCGUUCUAAUACUCGCCGGCCUUGCGGCAGCCUUUCCACAGUACCCUGGCACUGGUUUAACUAGGAAUGGGAAGAGGGCAGUUGGUGGAGGGAUUCAGAUUAGGGCAGAUCGUCUUCGACCAAGGCCUCUGAACAAGAGGGCAAACCAGCUGAUACCCGUCGUUGUCGGCGGGGCGCAGAAGACGUUUGUUCCAAACAUGGUCCUCGCUUCGGUUGGAGACGUCAUCCAGUUCCAGUUCAGCACCGGCAACCACACCGUGACGGAGUCCAGUGAAACCCAGGCCUGCACACCGCUGCAGAUGACGGAUGAGACCGCCGUGCACAGCGGUCACAUUCCCUACGUCAACGGACAGCAAACGGUUGGGACUUUUAACAUGGUCGUCACCAAGACUAAUCCCAUGUUCAUCUACUGCGCCACCGGUCCCCACUGUCAGGAAGGACAGGUCUUGGUCAUCAACCCAUCCAACACCCAACAGCUGGUCAACUACAACAAGCUCUCGUCCCAGGCCGCCAAGAACGUCGACGGCCUCAAAGUCAACGGCGGCAGCGUCGGACAGAUCUCCCUGAACGAGGCAGCAUUCAUCCCGGCGUCAACUCCGGGCGGCGCGGCGCCGGGUGCUGCGGGUAAAGGAACGACAGCGGCUCCAGCUGCCGCUACUCCAGCUGCCGCUUCAGGCGCGGCCCCAGCCGCCGCCGCUGGCACCAACGGUACCGCCAAUGCCGCCGAGCCGGCCGCAGCUCGCAAAUAGUCUACGCAACGGCGUGGUCCUCCUUCUCAAGGUUGCUUCCCAUAGGUAUAUAAAAGCAUUUUUUUGGGAAAACAUUAAGGAGGAGUUUGGCUCGGUUUCUUUGUACAUAGUCUGUGUAUGCGUGCGUUGCAGCAUUCUUUGGUGUUGCGUUCAAAAUACAAGAAAGAAAGGGUCAACGGGACUUUAGUUCGUGAAUUUGUGUUUCAAGAAUGAGUUUCUUGGCAGAGAACGUGAAAUUAUGUGCCAGGAUAAUACAAAAUUGCGU